UUUCCUCACCUGGACCAGCUGGACCUGUUGUUACAAUGGGUGACUCAUAUGUUGUAGCGAUUGACUUUGGUACUGCAUACAGUGGGUAUGCCUUCACUAUGACACCCAGAGGGGAGGAAAUUGAUCCUUUUUUGAAGCGUUGGGGAAAAGAGCUCGGACUGGACACCCCAAAAACUCCAACCUGCAUUCUGUUCAGUGAAGAAGAAGAAUUUCUCAACUUUGGUUAUGAAGCCAAAACUGAAUACUUAAAAAUGCGUGGAGAGGCAAGAAAACACUACUUCUUUGAAGCUUUCAAGAUGGCCCUCUAUGGCAAAACACUCAACAAAGAUGUAACAAUUAAAGCUGCAAAUGGAAAGUCAAUGAAGGCCUUGAAGGUUUUCACUGAAGCUUUACGAUACCUGAAGGAAGAUGCCCUGGAAACCAUCUCAGCAAAUACAGCUGGGACAAAGUUUAUUGCCUCUGACUUCACCUGGGUGCUGACUGUACCUGCGAUCUGGGAUCCUUCAGCCAAACAGUUCAUGAGAGAAGCUGCAACUCAGGCUGGUAUUGUAACCAAAGGAACAGAGGACAGGUUGGUCAUUGCACUGGAACCAGAGGCAGCUUCAGUCUGGUGUAAGAAGCUCCCAGCUGAAGGUUUUAUAACACAGAACCAUGGAGGAGACUCACUGGAGCACUCUCCAGGAACACAAUACAUUGUCGUCGACUGUGGAGGUGGAACUAUUGACACAACUGUCCAUGAGGUCCUGGAUGGAGGAGCCCUGAAGGAGCUGCACAAGGCCUCUGGAAAUGAUCUGGGUGGACAAACUGUGGACAAGAAAUUCAAAGAGUUCCUCAGAGAAAUCUUCUGUCAUGGUGUCUGGGAUGAGUAUGAAAGUAACUAUCCCAGUGAGGUUCAGAAAAUGAUGUAUGAGUUCACAGUUCUCAAACAAGAAGAUGAAGAUGUUCAGAUCAUCUGUCCAUUUAACCUGGGAUCAUUAGCUCAGAGAAGACAGGAAAUAGAAAAGUUCUUUGAAACAGUGCAAGGUGCAUCCUGGAACGACGGGUCAAUCAAAAUCUCAAAACAGAAAAUGAAGUCUUUCUUCAUUGAGUCUCUGAACGGCAUCGUGAAGAGUCUCAGAGAAAUCUUGGACAAAGAUUUCAACAUCCAGUUCAUCCUGUUAGUGGGGGGGUACGCUGAAAGCAAGAUUCUGCGUGGACACAUUAAUGAUCAGUUUGGUGAUCAGUGUAAAGUUCUGUGUCCUUUUAGGCCCCAAGAAGCAAUUGUCAAGGGAGCUGUGAUGUUUGGAAGAAACCCAGAGGUGGUGGCAUCUCGCAAGAGUGCCUUUACCUAUGGGAUCGCUGUCAGUGAGGAGUUUGAUGAGUCCAGGCAUAAGGCAGAAAAGAAAUUCACAGCUGAUGGGCGUGAGUUAUGUCGUGAUAUUUUCAUGAAACUGGUGGAAAUAGAUGAAAAUGUGGGUUGGAAUGAAACCAGAAAGCAUAUCUUCCAUCCAGUAAAGGCAGAUCAGACAGCAGCGACCAUUAGGUUUUAUAACACAGAGAGGAAAAAUCUAAAGUAUGUUGAUGAAUGGGGAGUAGAUGAUGUUGGUUCAUUUACUGUUGGCAUGCCUGAUACCAGAGAAGGCAGGGCACGUCAGAUCAGGUUGGAAAUCAGGUUUGGUUCCACAGAGAUAACAGCCACAGCAACUGAUGAAGCCUCAGGAGCAAAAGGAUCAAUAAAGAUCGACUUUAUGACUGAUGCUACAUCUGAAAUGGAGCAGGUUCCUCUGCUGUUAUAUGACAGCUAAACUAACUAAAUCAGAAGAAUGAUGACAAUCAUGUAUUGUCCUUUAACAGGGUGUUUUAUCUGUUUUUAGAUUCACUUCUCUUUCACAUUCUCAUUCUAUAAAUAACAAUAAUAUGUUUCUAUAUGAAUGUUAUGUACUGUCAGUGUGAGGUCUCUGCAUCACCAACACUGACCUUUAUUUUAUGUUACCAGUCUAACAACUUAGAUUUGUGGCUAAUUUUAGAGAGUUGGGUGAUCAUAUGGUUUGUUGUUAUUUCCAGUUCAUUUUAUUUUGUAAGCCACUCUGUUCUGUGAUGUGUUGAAAUUUAUUUUAAAGAUGUUUUAUAUUAAAGCUGUGUUGUUA